AUGACCUCCAGAACUCCGCUCGAGAGAGACGAGAGGGCACUCCAGGUGGGCGGAGUGGAAGAAGAUGACAUCAGAUUUUCUGACGACGAGGGCUCGCUGGGAUCGCCGGUGAGCAGCAUUGGUUCCUUUCAAGAAGCUGAGUCCAGACUCUCCAGCAUUACCACUACCCUCGACUCGCUCUAUAUUCUCGCAAACCGACUUGCAGAGCCACAGAAUAGGCUGCAACGGCCACUUGAGGAGUUUUACGAGCACAUUCCCCAAAACCAACGUGCCGAGCACAUCCGCAACAAGAAGAAUAUUGAGAUCAUUCGGGCUGCUUCCGUCCAGCGGCAGCAGCUCUUGGACAUGUGGGAUAAGGACAAGGAGCUCCAGGAAUCAGGGUUGGGCUCGGAGGAACUGAUCACGCAGUACGCUUCGGCGAGCCACUGGCUCAUCACCAGGGUGGGCGAGGCCAACAACAGACGCUGUUCAGACCCCUUACGUCUCUACGGCGUGAAGAAGGAGUGGAUCAGGCACGAAAACGAACACCGCUGGGUUUGGCACUGCUACUGCCACGAGGCCGAGUUCAAGACCCAGCCCGAGUACAUGCAACACCUCAAAGAGGAACAUCCCGAGGAGAAGUGGGAAGACUACCCGCCCGAGCUAAUUGCGUCCGCCGGGGGAGGAUCCGCCAAACCCGACCGCGACUGCCCCUCUUGUCCCACCAAAUUCAGCGAUAUGAAGAUGAUGUGGGAACACGUACUAAGUACAUGCGGUCCCUCAGCGAUUAACUCGGUAGGAAAAACCAUGCCUAAGCUGGAUGAAAACCUCCGCACCUUCCGCUGCGGCCUUGCCGCUACCCCGUGGAUCCAUCUCCUCGAAAGGGCUCACCCACCUUCCGAGGUCAAAACCCACCUUUCCCGACGGGGCGAUUGGCUGACGGCACUUGGUGAGCGGCCCGAAUCAGACCGCAUGCAAAAGCGCCGGUCCGGCGGCACCUCGUCAAUUGCGCCAGCUUCUGGCAACUUUUCAGCUCAUUUCCAGCAGAUGGCGGGCGUGGGAGCUGCAGACGCGCCCGGUAGAAGUGGCGAUAGUGGCAACCGCGGCAACGGGGCUGGCGACACCAUUGCUGGCCCCAGCACCAUGAUUUGCUUUAGAUGCAAUACCCGAAGGCCUGUUAGCAUGUUCUACGCUCAGCUACGGGCAAAGCCUUCUUCGUCUUCGUCACCGUCUCUCUCCCAGCUUGAUUCAUCGCGCCCCGCUCCCACGACACCGGGAGCCGGUGGCCCGCCGCUCGUCACACCGGAGGUGCGGCAGGGUCACUCUAGUGGGAGCUUCUUGCCGUCGGGCCGGUCAUCGGUCCACUCGUCUCAAUAUGACGGUGACGACGUCCCCAACAACUUCUCCUCAAGCCAGCUUCCCUCCAGCCUCAUCCCCGCCUCCCAGUUGCCUCCACGCCCUGCGAGAGGACGCCCGCUUUCAGUGCGGCCUAUACCUGCUCGCGAUCUCACAGCACCCGAUCCUCCAUUUGAGCCGGGGGUGACGCCGCUGGAUACAAUUGCGGUAACUUCGGAGGAUGCCCGGCUUAUCAAAUCCUUUCACCAGCAGCUUACGGACGACAAGAUGGAGCUUUGCGGCCGGUGUCAGCACCGCUGGUUUGACAUGAAGCUACGGGACUUUAAUGGUGUUGCUGUCUGCCACACGUGCCAGCGUCGCGACUUCCCCUACCUCCGUGAGCAAGCCGACCAGCCUCCCCUUCCCUAUUUCUACUCAGCCGCCAACAAUCUUGACUUCGGAGACGUCCCUCCUCAGCUGGCAAGACUAGGUGAGCUCACCCCGGUUGAGGAAAUGCUUAUCGCGCGCGUCCAUGUCCAUAUUCAGGUCCUGACGGUGCGCGGUGCGCAAUACAAGUAUCGCGGUCACGUCGUGCAUUUCUUGCGGGACGUGGGCAAGGUCUAUGGCCAGCUACCAUGCCUUGCGCGGGAUCUUGACGUUAUCAUCUUACGGCCUGCCAACACCGCAAACCACCCGCAUCUCCAGCGCCAGUUCCGUCGUCAAUUUGUUGUGCGCCGCAAGGUCGUCACCGCGUGGCUGCUUUUCUUGCGCGCCCACCACCCCGGCUAUCGAGAUAUUGAGGUGGACCAAGCUGCCUUGCAAGCCCUCCCGGAGCGCGGCGAUCUCAUGGACCAGCUUCCCAUCCAUGAAGUUGAGGAUGCUGCUGUCAGCCUCGAGGAUGCUGUUGAAGAUGUUGACUUUGAUGACCAGGAGGCGGCUGCUGUACCGAAUAUGGUCGUCAGCGAGCGAGAACUUGAUAUGUUGCGCGCUGAGCUUGCUGGUGAGCCUCAUGUCCACAAUCCCAUGGAAUUUCAACCCCGGCGGCAAUCUCCACCUCCAGAUGAAGCACCACCAGCUCAGGACCAUAUCGUCGUCCCCGAGAUUCGCAGCACUCCCCUCAGCGAAUUCAAUCGCUCCCAAGCUCUUCUCUCUCUUGCCUUCCCCUCACUUUACCCGGAAGGAAAAGCUGAAUUUGUGCUCCCGCGGCAGCGCAGUAUCGAAUAUGGCGACUAUCUACAGCAUGCACUGAAAUGGCGCGACGGGCGCUUCGCGCGCCACCCCCGAUUUCGCUUCGUCGCCUUCAAUACUCGGAUGAGGCGUCAGAUCAGCGCCAGAAGCGCGUUUUUCGUGAAGCGUCAUGAGCAGCUCAACCCCGAGCCAGUCAAUAUCGACACUUUGAAGGAGGCGCUCCGCAAUGAGACCCCUGACGGCAAACGGCUUCUUGACUCCAUCGUGCGAUGGACGGGCAGUAUCCGCGGCACCAAAGCUUACUGGGGUGUCAAGCUUCAGGAGCUGCUCGCCAUGGCCUUCGCGCUCAAAUGCCCCAGUGCUUUCAUUACUUUCAGUGCUGCAGAUAACCACUGGCAAAGCCUUCAUCAACACAUGCCGCGCUUUGAGGAGUGGCUGGCUGCUGAAGAGCUCCAGCGGAUGCGCAUCUCUGUCGCCAAUUUGCGCGAUAAUCCCCAUAUCGCAGCCUACCACUUUCACCGCCGCCUGCAACUGUUCACCACGCUCGUCAUGAAGCAGAAGUUCAAUCUCACUGAACUAUGGCAACGGUACGAGUGGCAGGGCCGUGGCAGUCCCCACAGCCAUGGCCUAUACUGGUUCCUUGAAGCACCGCUCCCUGAGGUGACUUCAGAGGCAGCCCGCCAGCAGUUCGCUGAGUUUUGGGGCAUUCACGUCCACGCCGUCAACCCGGAGGCUGGGCGGCAGAUGCCGCCGGGCGAAAGCAACCCGCUACGCGCCAUUCCCACUGUUGACAGUGAGCUAAGCUUCGCUCAGCUGUCCAAGGUUGUCAACCGCAUGUACGACGGUGCCCGCAAUGACGCUAUUCUCAACAGCUUCAACCCGGCCGUCAUCAUCGCGUGGCUGGCAAACAUCGAUUUCUCUCCCUGCACGUCUCUCUCUGCUGUCGUCAACUACGUCGCCAAAUACGCUGCCAAGGGCGAAGAGGCGACGGUCUCAUACAGAGAGAUGGCCAGCAAGAUUCUCCCACACGUCUCUCAUCGCACGCCUAUGCUUUCUUUCGUCAGCAAGAUGAUGAAUAAGAUAGCCGCGGAGCGAGAUUACCCAGCCCAGGAGAUCGCUCACCAUCUCCUUGAGCUUCAACUCGUCCACUGCAGCCGUCAGAUUCUCAAGGUGGACUGCCGAAGCCCUGAGGCGCAACGUCAGUACAUCAUCCAUGACGAGACGGUCCAGGAGACGCUCUCCAUUUACACUAAAUAUCUGGGCCGAGAGGACACCGAGGAUUGGGGUGGGAUCAGCUACUUCCAAUUCCUGACGAAGGUGAACUUCUCCAAGAAGCCAUGGCGGCACUGGCAAGCACCAGCAAAAGACCGGGUGCUGCGGUACUUUCCCAAAUACAAGCAAGAAACUCAAAGAGACGACUUUUGCCGUAUGAAGCUGACGUUGCACCACCCCCACCGUCACCACGACGAGCUCAAGAUUGUAGAUGGUGUCCCGUUUGCUAGCUACUCUGCCGCCUACCGCUACUGCUUGGAGAACCACAGCCACGAAGACGACUAUUACGGCGUCAUGGCUGACGGUCACGAAGAGGAGUUUCAGGAGGCGUCAGAUGAGGACGAGGAGCCACCAGACGCGGCCAAUCCCAUCCCCUGGGACGAGUUGGCGCGUGAGCUCCCGCGACGGGGUCCGGAGACGGAGGAUAUCGAACUCCUGGGCAACCGUCCGCAGGAUCUUACAAAAGAUUGGGGCAGCCACGUUGGCACCCGCCCAUACUGGCUCAGCAACCAGCUUUGGAAGGAGACCAAGCUCGCCCAUCCCCUUGGCUUUGACGUCGGUGACUUCCCUGACGGUGCGGAGGACACCUUGAGCCCCCACCAGCGCCUCAUCUACGACAUGGUGAUGACCCACGACCAGCAGACUGUUGAUGGUUUGCACCCUCCACCGCUCAGGCUCAAUAUUGACGGCAGAGGCGGCUCAGGCAAGUCUUACGCUAUCAAGCUAAUAUCCGCUCAUCUGUACAAGCGGGCGGUGCAGCAAGCGCGCCCUGAUGCUGAGAAUAUCGUCAUUCGGUCAGCACCAACGGGCGUAGCUGCCAACGGGAUCCAGGGGACCACGCUUCACUCACUGCUCCGCCUCCCCGUCGGUAUCGUCGCCUUCGAGCCACUGAGCCCUCCAGACGUGGCUGCCGCGCAAGCUCGCCUCCAGUCGCUCAAAUAUCUCGUCAUUGACGAGAAAUCUAUGAUCUCGCUGAAGACGAUGGGCUUCAUCGAUAACCGCCUGCGUCAGAUCUUCCCCCGCAGCAAUGAGCCAUUCGGGGGGGAGUUGCUUUGUACCCGUGUACGGUCCAACCUGACGGCAGAGGAGGUCGCGCUUUUCGAUGAGGCUAUUCGCAUCUUCCCUACGAAUCAGCAAGUCACCAACUACAACCUCGACCACAUGGUCGCCCUCCAGCAGCCUUGCCGCCAAGUCGUCGCCAAGCACACAGGGCUGGGAGCCGAGACAGUGCCCGCCUCCGAUGCUGGGAAUCUCCACUACAAGCUUCCCCUUUGCAUUGGUGCGAGGGUGAUGUUGACGGAGAAUAUCUGGACGCCCGCGGGCCUCGUCAACGGAGCAUUGGGGACCGUCCGCGAUAUUGCCUGGGCAGCAGGCGUAGACUGGAGACAAGAAGCCCCCAACAUCGUCGCCGUUGAGUUUGACAGCUACGAGGGCCCGCCGAUGUGUCCCGCUGGCUUCUCUGUUGAGGGGGCGCCUCAGGGGGUGAACUACGCCAACGUCGUCCCCAUAUUUCAAUCACUACGCGAAUUCCCCAAAGGCCGCAUUGUCUGCACCCGCAAGCAGUUUCCUUUGACCAUCGCCUACGCCAUCACCGUCCACAAGUCGCAGGGGAUGACCGUAGAGAAGGCGGUUGUGGAUAUCUCGGAGCGGGACUUCCAGCCGGGGCUUUCGUCGCCCCAGCGGCCAUAUUUCAACCUGACACCCCCAACGUCGUCUCAGCGCCAUAGCGACAGCACCGGUACUGCCAGUCAAUCGCCUACAGCUCCCAGCGACCGCCCGGAACACUUGCUCCGUGUUCUGCCAUCUCUCACCGCAUAA